GUCAUACGAGUUGUUCCUGAGAGCGAGAGGGAAACACAGAUCCUGAAGGCUGCAUUUAACAGGCUUAAGGUGGACCUGUGGCAGCCCAGCAGCCCCUUCCACAUCGUCGAAGGCAUGGUCACCGACGUGCGAGUACCACAGAACACAUCCCGAAGUCUGCUGCCCUAUCUCCAGCAAGCAAACAUCCAGUACACGAUUCUCAUAUCAGACCUACAGAAAGCAAUAGAAAACCAAACUGGAUUGAGGUCACAUAGGAAUCGAAGGUCCAUUUCUGAGUAUAAUUAUGAAGUGUAUCACUCUCUGGAAGAAAUCCAGAGUUGGAUGCAUCAUCUGAAUAAAACUCAUUCAGAUCUUGUUCACAUGUUCUCUGUUGGGAAAUCCUAUGAAGGGAGACCACUCUUUGUACUCAAGUUAGGUAAAAGAUCACGGCCCUACAAGAAAGCUGUCUGGAUAGACUGUGGGAUUCAUGCAAGAGAGUGGAUUGGCCCUGCCUUUUGCCAGUGGUUCGUGAAAGAAGCUCUUCAGACAUACCAGACCGAUCCUGCCAUGAGAAAGAUGCUAACUCAGCUGUAUUUCUAUAUCAUGCCUGUAUUUAAUGUGGAUGGAUAUCAUUUUAGCUGGACAAAUGACCGAUUCUGGAGAAAAACAAGAUCAAAGAACACAAGGUUUCGGUGUCAAGGUGUUGAUGCUAAUCGCAACUGGAAAGUGAAAUGGUGUGAUGAAGGUGCUUCAUUUCACCCAUGCGAUGACACCUACUGUGGUCCCUUUCCCGAGUCUGAGCCUGAAGUAAAGGCUGUUGCUCAUUUUCUCCGCAAACAUCGGAAACAAAUAAAAGCCUAUUUGUCCUUCCACGCAUACGCACAGAUGCUGCUGUACCCUUACUCUUACAAAUAUGCAACUAUUCCAAACUUCAGCUGUGUGGAAUCAGCAGCCUAUAAUGCUGUUAACGCGCUUCAGUCAGCCUAUGGUAUAAGAUACAGAUAUGGUCCUGCAUCUAGCACUUUGUAUGUGAGUUCUGGUAGCUCUAUGGACUGGGCCUACAAAAAUGGCAUCCCCUACGCGUUUGCGUUUGAGCUACGUGACACCGGCCAUUUUGGAUUUUUACUUCCUGAGACGCUGAUCAAACCAACCUGCACAGAGACCAUGCUUGCAGUUAAAAAUAUAACUCUUCAUCUGCUGAAGAAAUGUCACUGA